GCACAGCAGGUCGGGUCCGCACACCGAUCCAGCGCGCACCGUGCAGCAAAGGGUUCCGAGCGCAGCGCCGCGGAUCGCCGCGCAAAAGCGGCCUCGGGAACUAAUCUACCCUCAGUUCGGGCUGCCCCGAACUCCGCUCCGCAGUCUCAGCCCUGGGAAGGUGAUCCCAGCGUCCGAGAGCCCAGAUGCCGGCCCACUUGCUGCAGGAGGAGAUCUCUAGCUCCUACACAACCACCACCACCAUCACAGCGCCUCCCUCCAGGCUCCUGCAGAAUGGAGGGGGCAAGCUGGAGAAGACUCCCUUAUACUUGGAAGAAGACAUCCGCCCUGAAAUAAGAGAUGACAUCUAUGACCCAAGCUACCAGGAUAAGGAGGGCCCAAAUCCCAAGCUUGAGUAUGUUUGGAGAAACAUCAUCCUCAUGUCUCUGCUACACUUGGGAGCCCUGUAUGGGAUCACAUGGAUCCCCACCUGCAAAAUGUACACCUUGCUCUGGGCGUUUUUCUACUAUCUGAUUAGUGCCCUGGGCGUCACAGCAGGAGCCCAUCGCCUGUGGAGUCACCGAAGUUACAAAGCUCGGCUGCCCCUGCGCCUCUUCCUGAUCAUCGCCAACACGAUGGCAUUCCAGAAUGACGUUUACGAAUGGGCCCGAGAUCACCGUGCCCACCACAAGUUUUCGGAAACACAUGCUGAUCCCCACAAUUCCCGACGUGGCUUUUUCUUCUCUCACGUGGGUUGGCUGCUUGUGCGCAAACACCCAGAAGUCAAAGAGAAGGGUGGUUUGCUAAACUUAUCUGACCUAAAAGCUGAGAAGCUGUUGGUGUUCCAGAGGAGGUACUACAAACCCGCUGUCCUGCUGAUGUGCUUCAUCCUGCCCACACUCGUGCCCUGGUACUGCUGGGGUGAAACUUUUCCACACAGCCUGUUUGUCGCCACCUUCUUGCGUUACGCUGUUGUGCUCAAUGCCACCUGGCUGGUGAACAGUGCUGCCCACCUGUACGGAUACCGCCCUUAUGACAAGACCAUUAACCCCCGAGAGAAUCUCCUGGUUUCACUGGGAGCUGUAGGUGAGGGCUUCCACAACUACCACCACUCCUUUCCCUAUGACUACUCUGCCAGUGAAUACCGCUGGCACAUCAACUUUACCACAUUCUUCAUCGAUUGCAUGGCUGCCAUCGGUCUGGCUUAUGACCGAAAGAAAGUAUCCAAGGCUGCCGUCUUGGCCAGGAUUAAAAGAACUGGAGAUGAAAGCUAUAAGAGUGGCUGAAUUUGGGGUCCCUCAGUUUCCUUUUCCAAAAGCCAGCUGGGCAGAGGUUUAAUGUUCUGUUUAUUAACUACUGAAUAAUGCUACCAGGAUGCUAAAGAUGAUGACGUUAACCCAUUCCAGUACAGUAUUCUUUUAAAGUUUCUUUUAAAAUUGAAAGCCAA